AUGAUUGCAUGUUGGUUGGUUGUAAGCAAGUUUGACACUUUGCCUUGCAGACCUCUUCAGAUCCGCUCAUUCGGCAAACUUAGGGGAACCAAGAGAGGACUGAAGCUCAGCAUUGUUCGAAGCCUCCAGUGUCCAUACUUGCAUACUCAAACAAACUGGAUCAUGGUAAGGCCAUCCGCGUCGGAGGAGAAUCGAAACAUCGCUCUGAGCUUCGCCAAGAUGAUCACGACGCCGACUGAAGACAUGACAGAGAAGAGCGUGGUCCUGCGAUCAGGGAGCUGGUCGAUCUACAGCGCGCUGUCGGAAUGCUGCCCAUGGACCAUUCGCAAUCACGACCCCGUCACGGGGCGGUGUGGGUUAACGGAGAUCGAGUUCAACAAGACUCUGGAGAAGAAUGGCUUCAAGAAGAUCAGAGACAGGAGCUCUAGCUUCAAGUGGUUGGAGCAGAUCGAGGAGGUGGACAUGAAGAACGCCAGGUACUUCUUUGCCGGAAGACGGUGGAAGAAUCCAGACAUUCACUCGGAGUACCUGGAGCUGAAGGAAGGAUGGGAGUCGAUCCGAGCGUCCUGCCCUUACGCACACCUUCCUCUGGGGGGGAGGUGCUCCUUUCAGAACCUAGUGUCCGUUUGUCGCAAGUUUCACAACGGCUGGAACUGCAUCAUCCGCUGCGUUCAGCGACCGUUGAAGAGGAAAAUUCCUGGUCUCCUAUCAAGCUGCGGCGAGCAGGGGAAGAGAGCGCGGAAGGGAUGUGGAGGCAGGCAGGGCAGGAAGGCAAGCUGUGGGAGCUUGUUCUUGCAGGACCCGCCAUGUUUGCGAGCGCUGGAGCAGGGGGAGUCAAGCUCUACAGACUUGGGGGGAAGGAGCCAGGCAUUGAAGGUCGAAUCCUGCUUCGCUCUUGCAGACAGCUUCGUUGUCCACGAGGUGAGGAGAGAUUGCGAAGUGAAGGCAGGGGUUGACGUCCGGCAGGAGGAGGAGAAGGUGGACUCUUGCCCUGCUCACCGGACGACGAGUCUGGUCACAACGUUGAUGUCGGAGCCUACGAGUAGCUCUCAGAGCUUUCAUGUCGACCAGGAAGAUUGUUUGAGCUUGAUCCGCUGCGAUGCGGACGAGGAUAAGGUGAAUGUCUGCUUUGACAGCAUCCUCCACUCGAGCCUCGCGUCCUACUUCUUGGCGGGACAGCAAGAUGUAGAGAACUUUGUGGAGGAGAUCGGAGAGGACCUGAAGGAGAAGAGGGGAACGAUGAACAUUGCUCUUGCGAGCGACGAGGCGAUGCUGCCGCUAGACUCCACGUCGUUCUUGCAGAGCUGGCUAUGA